UUGGGAAUAAAGCACCCGUACAAUCGGCUCUGUAGAGACGCAUUCGCCGUUGUAAAAUGACGUACCGACUAGUGCUCUUACUUUUCGUUGUUUUAUUUGUGUGCGAUUCUGGAUGUGGUUUCCACCUCCCACACGUCCAACCCGUUCUGGACUUUCUGGGGAUACUGCAAUUCACUUACAUCACGGCUCAUCCUGGAUCUCACCAUGAGUUGUUCCACCAAAGGUUGAUCAAAGUGGCCAGGAACAAUGCGACCAACUUGUUCGGCCAUCUGAUCAUUGAUUGGAAUCAAAUCGAACACGCUCAGACCCAUGUGUUUAAUUGCCAAGGACAUGUGGUCCUCAUCAUGCAUUCUAAUGUGUCGGACUUGACGAAUCUGGCAUUGCAUACACAAGUAAACCAACGGGUAUUUUUCCUCAAUAAGACGGAUUUGACGCUGAAGGAACGUUACCACUUGAGUGAACAAGUGGUGGAAAGAACCAUCGGAUCUGUUGUCCAUCAAAGUGCUGGAGUGUUCACUUUUGUUCCGUCAUCGAUGGCGGGUUUCUUGGAUCGCCGUUCCAACUUACAAUUGACCCACUUUCACGUUCUGGUUGAGUUCCAACGACCCUCUCUGUAUCUCAAGCCCAAGUCAACCCUUCGACGAGAAGAAAUCAUUCGAACGCCCUCCGGGGAUCAUGUCUUCCCCGUACGGGCUGACCAAAUUCAAGGCCUCUAUCAUGAUGUGUUGGAACUGCUGAUGAGAAACAUGAACUUUACGGUCUCUCGAUAUAAACGAGUAGACGGCCAUUGGGGUACUAUGAUGAAAAACAAAUCUUGGACUGGAAUCAUCUCUUCUUUAAGAAAGGAUGAAUUUGACUUUGCCGCAACCUCCGUCACGUUAUUAGCUUCGAGAUCCAAAGCCGUGGACUUCUUGUUUCCUCUAGGGUCUGAAACAUUCGCUCUCUUCCUCAAGAGAUCAUUCAUCACCGAGGAGUACCAUUGGAGUCUGUUUCUUGAACCUUUCAGUCAAUACCUUUGGAUGUUUCUUCUGGUCAAUGCCAUUGUUUGCGUGGUUGUUCUCCGGAUCCUGGACGCGGCUCGGCAACACUGUUUGGGAUUUAAAACAGCACCCUACUUGGAUGUGUUGAGCGACUCAUGGAUGGUGGUUGGGUCGUACUUUGCCAUGAGACCGAGCUUGGCUGAAGGCAGAGCCUUACAAGUGGGUUCCAAGGUAUUCAUCUUCUCCAUCUUCCUCAUCGGAAACGUGGUCUUCAUGACCUACCGUGCCUCACUAACGUCCGAAUUAUCCGUGAGGAAAGAUCGAAUUCCCUUCUCAACUCCCGGGGAGUUGCUGGACUUGGAUUUCAAGUUGGUCGUCAAAGGAAACAGCGUGGGGGAAUAUCAUUUCACCCAGGCCCGCUCAGGUUCCGUUUUUAAGCGACUGCUCCACAAAUUCGACAGCCAGGAUUCCAAUCGGAAUGGGAUGUUCCUGGACUCGGAAGACGAAGCGAUAGAGAAAGCGCUGCGUGAACCUGCCACGGUUUUGUACAGUUUCAUGGAGGAAAUUCAGGAUCGUGGGAAUUUGAUAUGCGAUUUUACGGUGCCAUGGGAUUCGUAUUACCCAGAGAUGACCUCCAUGGCUUUUACCCGAUCAUCCAAGUAUAAGGAGCUUUUUCAAUACCAAAUCUUUCGACUCAUUGAGAGUGGGUCUCUCAAUUCCUUGACCAGAAAAUGGAGAGUGGACCAUUAUUGUCAUCAUAACGAGGACCUGCGGUUGGGAUACGAAAAACUGUGCAGUCUUUUUGCGCUUCUGUUGGGUAGCUUUGGUUUGACUGGGAUCAUAUUCAUCUCCGAGCAUGCUCUUGCCACUUCAAAGACCUUGAAAGCAAAGAAGAUCGCCGAUCAUAAUGAAAGCAUCAAUAAUGCUGUGAAUGGAUCCAAUUUCGGGAAACUGGUCCCUCCGGGUCCCUGAUUGACAUGAAAAUAGAUUCCACAUUGAUUGGUUACAGUUCGUGGCUCACUUCUGUAUGGCAAAAUGGCCUGACCAAUUUCACUACAUGGAUGCAAUGAUUGGGAGGCAUCUUGAUUGUGAUUGUACUUUAAAGAUUGUGCCUGUGCAUCUCAAAGUAAAUGUCGGACAAUCUGGAAACGAGCGACAUUUUUGUUAAUCGCAAAAUUUGUUAUUAAGUGAUUGUAGCUCAAUGCAGAAUUUCUUUUAUAAUUAUAAGUCAAUAAAUUCAAU